CAGCCUGUAUGUUGCUGAAUCGUUGCGGCAAUAAACGGAGCUGUACAGAGAAGAGCAGACCUACAACAUCCGGGCAAUAGUCAGCUUGCGCAGAAACGGAAUGGCGGAGGUGGAUUAAAAGCCCCUGCAGAAAAGUGUGGAAGUUGUGGCCUAGUGGAGAGUGGAGGAGGUACAGUGAUGAAGGCCCUCAGCAGGAGAAGCAAAAGAAGACUUAACAGGCCUUAGAGGACUUGGAAGAGAACGUUUCGCCCCAUGAAGAUGGCAGCGCAGUCCCACACUGCCGGUGAGCUUCCUUUGGAGGAGCUGCUGGCUCUGUAUGGUUACACAGUGUCCGAUCCAGAGAAGGAGACCUGUCGCAUUGCUGCCAGACUGCCAGACAUGACACUGGACAAGGAUCAGAUAACUGAGGAUCUCUUUCCUGGGGAGGAGGAAGAAGAAUCGUCAGCUGAUGAUCUCACCCCCUCAGUCACCUCAAACACCUCAGAUCUGCUCCGCCGCCUCCAAGGUAGAGACAAAGACACGUUAGUCAGCUCAUCAGAUGAAGACUCCGACGAUGCCUCUAUUCCCUCCAAUGAAGAGCACAAGGAGAUCAUGGUUGGCUCUAUGUACCAGGCAAAAAUCCCUCCACUCCGUUCAUAUUCCUACCAGGAGAGAGACUGCAGCAGUGAGGACCAGUUGCUGUGGAGGCCGGGUGUUCUGCCAGUGCAGGAAGUAGAAGAGUUUUUGCUGAAAGCACAGAGCCCACAUGGCCAGCAGGGGGCAUCAUGCACACAAACACGAGGAGACACUGUCCGAGACAACCAACAGGCACUGUAUGAACUAGUAAAAUGCAACUUUAAUGCAGAAGAGGCACUGAGACGACUACGCUUCAAUGUGAAAGUGUUCAGCGAAGAGCUUUGUGCCUGGAGUGAGGAGGAGUGUAGGAGUUUUGAGCAUGGCUUUCGGGUUUACGGGAAAAACUUCCACCUCAUUCAUGCUAAUAAGGUACGAACGCGCUCUGUUGGGGAGUGUGUGGAGUAUUACUACAUGUGGAAGAAGUCUGACCGUCACGAGUACUUUACCCAGCAGGCCACCAGGCUCAGCCGCAAGAAGUUCAGCCUCCAAUCAGAGAGCAUGGAGGAUGGAGACCAGGACGGGGAGGUUGGGGAGCUGGAGGGAAGCAACAAUUCCUCAGGCUUGUUGUCCCACAGCUCCAUGGCCACUGGGCAGCUGGAGUCCCCAUUACCUCCCCAGGCGAGCCUGGACCAGGACAAACAAGGAGGAGAGCCGUCCCCGCCGCAGGCGAACUCCCCGCUUUCUCUUAAAGCCAUGAACUCGGUCCAGACAGGCCACAGAAAGCAGGCUGGGCCUGCAGGUAAAGAAGAUGGUGAGCUGGUGAUGGGGCUGUCAGACUUGUGUGGUGACGGAUGUCCUCAGCAGCUCUUUGGCUGUCCCUUCUCUCUCCCGCCCAUGGACGGCCUGCGGGAUCCUGACUCAGGCAGUUGUUGUCCCUCAGCUCUAGUUCAGCUCCAGUCCCCGCCCUCCCUCCAGAGCUCCCAGUGGGCUGGCGGGAGCCCUCCGUCCUGCCAUGACGACUAUCGCCUCCCAGGCUCCUGUUUUUACCAGCUGCACAUGUGUAGUGGACCUUUUGUUUCCGAGGGCCCUGACUGUGACGCAGCAGGCGGUGGUACUGGCUCCCCACACGGGCUGCAGGUAGAGUUUAGUCUGCCGUCUGCCUCACCUCCCUCCUCUUCUGUCCUCCCGUCACACUUCCAAGCAUUUGGCAGCCUGCUGCACUCCUCUCCUGUCCAGCAUCCCCGCUCUCUCACACAGUGAAGAGACAUGGGGAAUUCAAAACUGAGUGGUACUCUUCAUGGUUUGCCGUGUUGAGAUCUUUGAUCGGUUGUUGGUAUUUACACAGGGCUUGAAAAAAACCAGGACAAAAAGUGCAUUUACCUUACUUUGUGAAAAAGAAAGGACCUACUACCUGUGUUAGGGGGUUACUCACCUGUCUGAACCCACUUUUUAAACUGAGACACUUGAACCCUCUGUCCAUUGUGAAUGACGAGUGUUAAUCCCUACUUUCAGGGCAGAGCUAUUGAUUGGCUAUGAUUAAUACAUACUGUACUGGUGAAAGUGCAGUGCAGAUGAUGAGAGCUGCUGUUGCCAUGCAAACAAACCAGUAAGCAAGUGGCUAGCAGUCCAUUUUUUUUCUCCUAAAACGGAUCAAUGAUUGUCAACAUUAACCACUGUUCCUUUUUUUCUUAUUUAUCAGGAUGGGAAAGUUUAAAUGCAGCUCAGAUUUCAUCCAAACUUCUUCCUGCAAGAGCCAAUCCCAUUUAUUUUCAGGUAUACGUUCUGCAUAUUGAUCAGCAUUUUUGCCGCUGCAGCCAUUUCAGAUCUGUCUCUGGAGAAGGUGUCAUGUUGACAUGGUUGCUGCCAUGCUGACCACAGAGUGAAAUCUGUCCGUUCAAAGUAUAUAUAGAAUACUUUAUUUAAACUUUAACUUAAGUUUAAAGGUCCUCGAUGAAGUCCGUAAUUUGCUUUCCCUCUUUCGGUUUCUCAUGUCGGUUUAGUUUCCACUCGUCUGAAGUGUGGCGGAAGAGUCAGAAUUUAGUUUACAUAUAAAGAGCUGAAACUAAGAUUUGAACAUGGUCGGAAAAAAAGAGCUCAAUAUUUUUUGCAGGUCUUAGUUUUGCUUUUGUGGAAGUUUUCAUGCUUGUUCUUAAUUUGAAGAUUUACAUAGAGAUUUACAAAGGUGCAGUGCUUUGUCAUCAUUUCUGAUCAACGUUUCCAUCAUGUUGAAUAUUUCGUACCAUUAGGAGGCUGUUUGCCAUGCAGAUUAGGCAUAAAAUAAAAUGUGUAAAUGUAAAAUGUAAAUGCGAACAUAGGUAAGUCACUGACUGCAAUCACACUUUUCUCAGGUUCUACAACUUUGAUGAUCCCCAGGACCGUUAAUCAAUGAGAGUCAGUCGCUAUGACUCUGGACAGGUGUCACAAACCGAUCAGAUAGGAAAGCGAUUACGUGAUUAGACGUUUAUUGGAAUAUGACGAAUCUUGUCGGUGUAAGAGUAAAAACUAAUGUAAUAACAGACGUUGGGGUCCAAAUAUGCUGAAAUGGAAUUUGUCCGAUCUUAUGCUUGCCAUUUUACAUCCAAGUAACGUCCAAUCGGUGAACAAAGUGUGAACAAAGGUACAUUAGUGAUAUUUUUAGUGGGACCGAUCCAAACUGCGUUGUGGAUUUAACAAACACUCUGAAAAAUUUCCUUCACCGAACCCUGCCGCCAGACAUAAUGAAAUACACUGACAAAUGUCACACAUGUAGAUGCAAUAACAUUUCUAAUAAUAUAUUUUAUAGUGCAAAUCUC